UAUCAGAAUCUCUCUAUAAACACACCUUCUAGUGCUUUCAAUCUAAAAUUUCUCCUCUCUCUCUCUCUCUAGAUUUCUUAUUGAUGAGGGAUGGAGUUGGGCUUAAGCUUAGGAGAUGCAUCAAAACCAGUUGGGUUCUUGACGAAGAACGGUGACUCAGAAAAGCAUAAGAAAAACGGUUUUGGGUUCUUCGUGGAGUUGGGUCUCAACACAAAUGGUGGAAAUCAAGAACUUGCAGAGAAAUCACAUGAAAAUGAUGGUGGUGAUGAUGAUCAGACUUCAGAAGAUACAAGAGCUAACAUGGAAAAUACUCCGAUUCAACUUGAUCUUCUUCCUCGUUCUUCUGUUCCUUGUCAAACUCCAUCUCAAAUUCAACCCCGUCCAUGGUCUUCUGAUAAUGGAAGUUCAGAAAAUGGUUCGAUAUCAGGCAACGUGGGGCUUGUAGCGGUGGUGAGGGAUUUGGAGGUGAACAGGCUGCCGGCGGCGGCUACAGAGGAGGCGUCGUCGGCAAACAGUGUGGGAUCACCCCUUCAGAUGAAUUUUGGCAUAUAUGUAAAUACUGGAAAUGGAAAUCUUGGAGCAAACGACGUAGUAGAGACGGAAAGAGUGUCUUCUAGAGCCAGUGAUGACGAUGAAAACUGCUCAAACACGAGAAAGAAACUCAGAUUAUCUAAAGAACAGGCUGCUUCUCUUGAAGAAAGCUUCAAAGAACACAGCACCCUUAAUCCUAAACAAAAGUUGGCACUUGCAAAACAGCUCAAUCUUAGGCCCAGACAAGUUGAAGUCUGGUUUCAGAACAGAAGAGCGAGGACCAAGUUGAAGCAAACAGAAGUAGAUUGUGAGUAUUUGAAGAGGUGUUGUGAGACACUAACAGAAGAAAACAGAAAGCUACACAAGGAGUUGCAAGAAUUGAGGGUUCUCAAGACUUCAAAUCCAUUCUACACACAACUUCCGGCCACCACCCUCACCAUGUGCCCCUCUUGUGAACGCGUAGCCAGCACUUCCACCGCCGCUCCAGCCACCACCACCACAGCCAGUAUUGACUCUACAACAAAACCCAUAAAUCCAUUUCCUUUAACUAGACCAAGGUUUUAUCCCUUCUCCCAAACACCACCACCUGCCCACCAACACCACCAAUCUGCAGCCUCAUGAAUACAAUGGAAAAACGUGAAGAAUUUCUAUGUGAAUUGUGUAGAUAUACUGAAAUUUGUUCUCAUUUUGUUUGGCUUUAGAUGGGUCUUUGUUUGAUGUUUAAGGGUGUGGUGAUCCACUUAUGAACAUUUUUUCAGAUCAUAUUAUGUGAAUUUUUGUGGAAGAAAAUACGAGUUAGAAAAAUAGUAGUAAAUAUUUUUCCAAUGAAAGGUGUAGUAGCCACCUCUUAUUUUCGUUUUCUUCGAACAUAUAUAUAAAUUACGAAAGAAAUUAUUCCAAUUAUGUUA